AUGGUAGAUCCUUAUCGUUACUAUGGCAAGGCAAAUAUGACCGAAGAAGAAAAAAGACAGCUAAUAAUUAAACUUCCAAAUGAACCAAUACCCAUAGGGUAUACUAGCUUAAGGGACAUCUUGCCCAGGGAAAAAGAUUUAACUAUUUUCAUGGAUUAUAUUUAUUUGUUUGGUGAUAUAGUUGAAAUGUUAGGAAACCCCAAUGAAACAUUUACAAUUUUUGCACCUACUAAUUCAGUGUUUCGUAACCUACCAUACCAACCUACAAGUAACAUUUCUGUAACGGAAGAUCCAACGACAAAAUUACAUAAUUUUGUGUUAGGACAUAUUGUUGAAAAAAACUUGAUCUCGCUUUCUGUUGGUGAAGAAUUACAGACAAUGUAUGAAAAUGUUAAAAUCAAAGUUGACAAAGAUAUCAAGGAUGAAAAAUACUUAUUGAAUGGAAAUAUACACACUAGCGAGAGUUAUAAGGCUGAUAAUGGAAUAUUUUAUAAGAAGGUGGAUGGAAAUGGCCAAGCAACAUUUCCAAAAGAGUUGUUUUCGUCAUCAGGCACCGAAUUUGGUGUCAAUGUAAGAUUAUCAUCACUUGAAUCGUCAUAUAUCACGUUGAUAUAUUUGAACUCUGUCAUCAAUGUUAAAUCACUUCCUGAACAAAAACCAAGCUAG